AUGGUCAACUCUGGCAUUGCACUUUUGGCUCUGGCCGGGCCAGCCUUUGCUGGCAUUAUGCCGAACAAGGGCAAUGACGAGGCACGCGGUCAUUCUGGUUACCCUGGUCCAACUGCUCCCAGUAAGUGGACUAGUGAGCCUCACUGGUUCACCAGGACGGCAACUUACUUGACCACUUCCUGCCCAAUUUCCCACACGACAGUCACUUCUGGAACGAAGACUCUGACUGUUCCUAUCACUCUGACUAACACAAUUACUGUGACUGCCACUACCGUCGUUGACUUGAACACCGAGACCCCAGUGGUCGUGCCCACUGGAACUGCGCCUACCCAUCCUCUGGUUCCGACUUCUGUCCCGACUCAGAACGCGACUACUAUUGUGCCGCCUCCUCUUGUCCCAACAGGUGUCCCCGGCCAGAACACUACUGUUAUCCCACCCCCCCUGCCCGCUCCUUUCACCAACAGCACUGUUCCUCCUCCUGUGCAGCCAACUCCUGUUGCCCCUGGACAGCCCUCGGCUCCUAGCCAGCCCUCUGUUCCUGGUCAGCCCUCUGUUCCUGGUCAGCCUUCUGUUCCUGGUCAGCCUUCUGUUCCCGGCCAGCCCUCUGUCCCCAACCAGCCCUCUGUUCCUGGCCAGCCCUCUGUCCCUGGUCAGCCCUCUGUCCCUGGUCAGCCCUCUGUUCCCAGCCAGCCCUCUGUUCCCGGCCAGCCUUCUGUUCCCGGCCAGCCUUCUGUUCCCAGCCAGCCCUCUGUUCCCGGCCAGCCCUCUGUUCCUGAGCAGCCCUCUGUUCCUGAGCAGCCCUCUGUUCCUGGCCAGCCCACUGUUGUCUCGCCGCCGCCAGCUGAGACUUCUCUCACUGGCUCUGCUUCCCAGUUUGAGCCUGCCGCCGGUCUCCUGGCUGGUAUCUGGGCUGUCAUGCUCAUGCUUUAA